AUGUCGGUAAUAUUUCUGCAUCCUGAUUUGGGUAUUGGAGGAGCUGAACGGGCCAUCGUUGAUGCAGCACUGGCGGCUAAAUCUAGUGGGUAUGAUGUCGAAAUAGUUACAAACUAUCAUGAUCCAAAACACGCAUUCGAGGAAACUGUAGAUGGUUCCCUAAAAAUAACUACUGUUUGCCAAUACUUACCUCGUAGUAUAAUGGGUAGAUUUAUUGCGGUCUUGGCUUUCCUUAAAAUGAUAUUGGCGGCGAUUUGGAUUGCAAUUGCUCGGCGUGGCUCGGCUAACUUAGUUUAUGUUGAUCAAGUAUCAGCCCCCCUGAUAUUACUGCGACUUUGUGGAUUUAGAACCAUAUUUUACGGGCAUUUUCCUGAUUUAUUAUUAUCUCAUCAUGACUCUUUCUUCCAAAAAGUUUACCGGUAUCCUCUUGAUUUGCUAGAGGAGUUUUCAACCGGUCAAGCCGACACAAUCGUAGUAAACAGUCAUUUUACUGGCAGUAUAUUCAAGGAAACCUUCCCUUCUCUCAGAGAUCGAUAUUUAAAAGUCUUAUACCCUGUUCCAAAUACUGAUCACUUGGUCUUACCCCCUUCUGUAUAUAAAGAACUAGGUACUAAAUCACAUACUCUACCGGAUGCGCAUAAAGCAAUCAGCUGUCUUCACAGCGUUAUUGGUGUACACCCAAAAUUGAUUUUCCUUUCUAUUAAUCGCUAUGAAAGGAAAAAGAAUAUUGAACUGGCCUUUGAAUCCUUCGCUUAUUUAAAAGAAAACUGGUCAAGGUUAGUAAGCGAUACUUCAAUAUCUCCCACUGAAGUUUACAUGAUUCAUGCGGGCGGAUAUGAUGAUCGAGUGCGCGAAAACGUGGAAUAUUUCGAGGAGCUCAAACAGCUAUUGGCGGAUUUGAAGAUCACAGAGCAAUCAAUUCUCUUGCAUUCUGUCCCGUCGAGUAUCAAAAGCUUAUUAAUUGCUGCAUGUACGUGCCUCAUAUACACUCCUGCCUUUGAGCAUUUUGGAAUAGUCCCGGUCGAGGCCAUGUUUCUUGGACGUCCAGUUAUUGCACUUGAUGCUGGAGGACCAAGGGAAACAGUCAUUGACCAGAAGACCGGUUUUCUCUGUCCUCUUCCGCAUAUUGGGCAUUUCAAAAACGAAGAAAUUUCUCCGAUAAUUGCGGAAUAUAUGUCUAGGUUUAUUAAUGAUCCUGAAUUGUUAACAGCAAUGGAACAGGCGAGUCAUGAGCAUGUGAAAGAAAAAUUUUCUACAGUCGCUUUCAGGAAACAACUCGCUCUAAUUAUUGAGGAGACUAGUUCUCAUAAUGAAGAAAGGAAGAGUAGUUAA